AUGGCGUUGGCCAUUCAGCAGCAGACGAGGAGCAGCAGCAGCAGCAGAUCAUCGCCCUGCAACAGCAGCAGCAGCAGCAGCAGGAACAGGGAAGGUACGAAGUCUGGUAGUGAGGAAUUGAUGGGGUGGGUAGACUAUAGACGCUAUCUGUGGUUGGUGGUGCUGACGUGCAUACAGAGAAUUAACAGUGAAAAACCUGCAUUACAACUAUUAGAAAAAUUAGCAAGAGAAGAUUCAUGGAGCAGCAGCGUUGCUGCGCUGCUGCAGCAAAUCGAUUUGCUGCCAGCAGCAAUUAAACCCCAAACCCUAACAACUGCAGCGCUGCUCAUGGAAAAAUAUGCUUCCCCUCAGCAGUAUGUAGAAAGAGCAUUUGAUUUACUUUCUCUUGCGCCAUUGGAUUGUCCUUCUUUCCUUUGGGGAAAAACAAUCUUUUUUCUUUCUCAUCUAUCUAAUACAGAGGCUAGGCUGAAGGCCGCCCGCGCUGCUAUCUCUGCCCUACGGAACCCUCACCUCGAAGAACCCCUUCUUAGGCUGUUGGAUACCGGGGACGAGGAGUUUAUUUCUUUUUGCCUGCUGGGUGCAGCAGGCAGCAAGCAGCAGCAGCAGCAGCGCACGUAUCGUCCUCCAGCAAACGGGACAUUGUUGUGUCACAUGCAGCAGCAGCAGCAGCAACAGCAGCAGCAACAGCAGCAGCAGCAGCAGAUGCUGUUGCUGCUGCCUCCUCAUGGAUCGCAGCAGCAGCUGCUGCUGCUGCAGCUGCAGACACCAUUUACAGGAGAGCCGCAGCUAGAGGUGGAUAUUGAAGGAGACACUGCAGCAGGAACACAGAGGCGCUGUGGCAGCAGCAGCAACAGCAGCAGCAGCAGCAGCAGCGAGAGUUUACAGCUGUUUGCUGCUUACCCUCUCCUAAGGCUGUUGCGCUGCUGCUGCGGCGCUUCUGCUCUCUUCGUGUUGGCACGGCGUAUAAAGGUGCAGGUGCUAGCAGCACAUGCAUUAGUUGCUGCUGCAUUUGCUGAUUUGCUGCACUUCUUCCUUACAGCAGAGGCCUCUUUUUCUUCAGGGCAGCAGCAGCAGCAACUGCAGCAGCAACAGCAGCUACAGCAGCAGCAGCAAUUGCAGCAGCAGCAGCAAUUACCACAGGUACGAUACCCACAGCAGCUGCCCGGGCAGCAGUACCUGCCGCAGCAGCAGCAGCAGUACCUGAUGCAGCAGCCGCAGUACCUGCAGCAGCAAGCCCUGCAGCAGCAACCCCUGCAGCAGCAGCCCCUGCAGCAGCAGCAGCAGCCCGUUGCUGGGUACAUGGGGGCCCCUCCCUUGGCGAGCUUGCCUUAUGUCAAUCAGCCAUUAAAGCAGCAGCACCUGCAGCAGCAGCAUCUGCAGCAGCAGCCACCGCAGCAACAACUGCAGCAACAGCAGCUACAGCAACUGCAGCAGCAGCAGCAACUGCAGCAGCAGCAGCAGCAGCAGCAAAUGGAUAUAAAACGAAUGCCAUUCCCCCAGCAAAUGCCGCAUGCAACGCAGCAGGCGAUGCCUUUUAGUCAAUUAGGAAGCUAA